CUUGGACUUUUCUGUAGUGGGGGUUUUAAAAGGUAUAACCUUGAUGUCUACUAGGGGCUGUAGGGAAGGAAAGAAGCAAAGAAAGGAAAGAAACAAAGAAGAAGAAAGCAGAGCUGGUGUAAAAGAAAGGAAAGCAGGGGAGCCAUCCUUCUCAUGCCCCUCCCCUGUGGAUUCUGGGCUUUCCCGUGAGUGGCUUCUCCAAAAGGUGUGAUCUUGAUGCGUUCUUGGUUUGGAGGCAGCGAAGACCCGGAAAGUGAGUUGGCAAUAGUGGGUAGCUGAAGAAGGGCAGGACGGCGAAAACUGCCGGUCUUGAUUAUAUAUUCCAGUCAAGCAACUGGGUGUUGCUUCAAGAUCUAUCCUUGGUCCUAAAGACAGCAAAGAGUAGAACAUAGAGGGAAGCAGUGGGCAGCUGACUUAGAAUAAGAGGGGGAAAGAUCAAUCCUCCUCUACUUGAUGAUAUAUUCUGGUGGAUUAGAGAAAGAUUGACUCCACUCCUCUCAAAAAUCCAUCUUGCAGCUGUUCCUCUGGAAAAGUUGUGAUCUUGGAUUGGAGAUUGUUUGGAUCCUUCCUGCGGAUCUCGAGCUUGUUUGUGCGUGAGUUCUUGUUAGGAUGUCACGGCGCAGGGUUUCCUUUUCUGAUGGCAAGCAAUGCAAGGGUGGCCGAAGGUGGAGCAACCCGUUGGUGGUUCUAUUUGUUCUCUGUUGUGUUGGUUGCUCCAUAUGUUUGUUAUGGGGAUUGGAGGUCUAUGGGAUAUUAGAAAGGAAAGUGAGAGUUAGGGCUUUGGGAGAUGAGAGAGAGAAGACGCUGCUUGAUCAAUACAACCUCAGCAAAGAUCGGGUUCAGGCCUUGGCUUUGCUAAUCUCUUCGUUGAAUCAGGGAAGAUUCUAUGAGUGCAUGUGCAAGUCUGUAGCAGAUGAAAGACUUGGCAGUAGCCUCUUACAAGCCCUAAGAGAACAGCAUCCAGAGAUAGAUCAGUCUCAAGAUCAGCAACAUUGGGGCCGUGAAAAUAUGUCUCAUGAGAAGGUGUCAGUAGAAAUCAUGCAGGAGACUCACCAAUUUUUUCCAGAGCCUUUGUUGAACAUACUUUAUCUCGUUAUAGUGGAAAUGGUGGUCUUUUCUAUGGGAUUUGCUCUUGGCAUAUUCUUUAAGUCCUCAUGCCAACAAUUUCAGCAGCAGAAGCAUUACAAACCACAGAAUUCAAAGGGUAGAGGUAAAUGGAGUAAGAAGUUCCUAUUUCUAGGAGUAUUGCUUGGGCUCUUAGUGGCUGUAUGGAUAUUUCUGAGUAUGAAGGCAGAUAUUACUGAAAGGAGGAAAGAGACUCUGGUAAAUAUGUGUGAUGAGAGAGCUCGAAUGCUCCAGGAUCAAUUCAAUGUGAGCAUGAAUCAUGUGCAUGCGUUAGCCAUUCUGGUCUCAACUUUUCACCAUGGGAAGCAACCUUCUGCUAUUGAUCAGAAAACAUUUGCAGAGUUCACAGCAAGAACAGCAUUUGAAAGGCCACUGAUGAGUGGUGUUGCCUAUGCUUUGAGAGUAUUACACAGGGAGAGGGAGGAGUUCGAGAAGCAGCAUGGUUGGAAGAUAAAGAAGAUGAAAACCGAGUAUCAGUGCCUAGUUAAAGAUGACUACAACCCUGAGAAGCUUGAUCCCUCACCUGUUCAAGAUGAAUAUGCACCUGUUAUAUUCUCACAGGAAACUGUAUCUCACAUUGUUUCUAUUGAUAUGAUGUCCGGCAAGGAAGACCGUGAAAAUAUAUUGCGAGCAAGGGCUAAUGGGAAGGGAGUCUUAACGUCUCCUUUUAAUCUUUUGAAGUCCAAUCACCUUGGUGUGGUGCUUACGUUCGCGGUGUAUAACACUAAUCUGCCUGCAAAUGCUACACCAAAAGAGCGCAUUGAGGCUACUGUAGGAUACCUUGGUGCAUCAUUUGAUGUCCCAUCUUUGGUGGAAAAGCUUCUUCACCAGCUUGCCAGCAAGCACACUAUUGUUGUAAAUCUGUAUGACACAACAAAUGUUUCUGCACCUAUUAGGAUGUAUGGCCCUGAUUUAGCUAGUGCUAGUGAGAUGCAUAUUAGUAAUGUUGACUUUGGGGAUCCAACCCAUAAGCAUGAAAUGCAUUGCAGAUUCAAGCACAAGCCUCCACCACCUUGGUCAGCAAUAACAACGUCACUAGGGGUUGCAGUAAUUGUUCUGCUUGUUGGGCAUAUAUUUCAUGCAGCUCUAGACCGCAUUGAGGAGGUGGAAGAUGAUUAUCGUCAAAUGAGAGAGCUGAAAGUCCGAGCAGAAGCUGCUGAUGUAGCAAAAUCUCAAUUUUUGGCAACAGUUUCGCAUGAAAUCAGGACUCCAAUGAAUGGCGUCUUGGGUAUGUUACGGAUGCUGAUGGACACAGAUCUUGAUGCAACCCAAGAGGAUUUUGCUAUGACUGCCCAAUCAAGUGGAAAAGCUCUAAUAGCUCUGAUAAAUGAGGUCCUUGAUCAGGCUAAGAUAGAAUCUGGCAGGCUUGAGCUAGAGGCUGUUCCUUUUGAUCUUCGUGAUAUUUUGGACAAUGUUCUAUUUCUAUUUUCUGAUAAACCACAAGCCAAAGGCAUAGAGAUGGCAGUCUGUGUAUCUCAACAAGUUCCAGAUAUUCUAAUUGGAGAUCCUGGACGAUUCAGGCAGAUCAUCACAAAUCUUGUUGGAAACUCAGUGAAGUUCACAAGAGAGGGGCAUAUAUAUGUGUCAGUACAUCUAGUUGAAGAUGCAAAGAGUGUCAAAGUUGGACAGUGUGAAACAUUGAGUGGGUUUCAUGUAGUAGACAAAAGAAAAAUCUGGGAGAAUUUCUCAAUGGUUAAAUAUUCAAACGAAGCUAAUGAUGCAGUUAGCUUGAUGGUGACUGUUGAAGACACUGGUGUCGGCAUACCUCAAGAUGCUCAGAUCCGUAUAUUCACACCAUUCAUGCAAGCUGACAGCUCUACCUCGCGGACAUACGGUGGAACUGGAUUAGGACUGAGCAUUAGCAAAUGCUUAGUGGAACUGAUGGGGGGAGAAAUAGGCUUUAUUAGUAAACCUGGGAUUGGCAGUACAUUUUCUUUCACUGCUGUUUUCAGGGAUCGAUGCAAAAGUUCAGAUGAUAUAAAGAGGCACCAUUCUGACCCAGCUUUAUCAGAUUUCCAAGGUAUGAGAGCACUGGUUACUGAUGGGAGAAGCAUACGUGCUGAAAGUACUGCGUAUCAUUUGAAAAGAUUAGGAAUACAUGUCCAUAUUGCAAUUGACCAAGACUCUGCAAUUAAUACCAUAUUGGAUGUGUGCAGUAACAGUGGGAAAGAGCGUUUGGAUAUGGUACUUGUUGAUAAAGAUGCAUGGGGUGGGGGUUCAGGGAUUUCUUUUCCUCGCCUUCUUUUAGAGCGCAGGAAAAAUGGUGCAGUUGUGCAUCAAGAAAGUCUACCAAAGAUGUUUCUGGUAGCUACUUUCCUAAGCCCCACCGAGGUUCAUGACCUGAAGUCUGCAGGAUAUGUUGAUAGCAUACUGAAACCAUUGCGUCUGAGUAUGAUUGCUGCUUGUAUUCGGAAAGCACUAGGUGUAGGGAGUAAGAGGCAGCAAUUGAAAGGGCAACCAAUGGCACUUCAUAAACUUCUUAUUGGAAAAAAUGUCCUAGUUGUUGAUGACAAUGCAGUCAACCGAAAAGUGGCUGCUUGUGCUUUAAAGAAAUUUGGUGCUACAGUUACUUGUGCACACAGUGGGAAGGAGGCUAUUAGAAUGCUCCAGCCUCCACACAAUUUUGAUGCAUGCUUUAUGGAUGUUCAGAUGCCAGAGAUGGAUGGCUUCGAAGCCACGAGACAGAUCCGUCUCAUGGAAGAUAGAGCCAAAGAGUUGAUUAACUCUGGAGAUGCAUCAUUGGAGAUGUACGGCAAUAUAGCUCAUUGGCAUGUACCUAUACUGGCUAUGACUGCUGACAUAAUUCAGGCAACUCAUGAAGAGUGUUUGCGGUGUGGUAUGGAUGAUUAUGUGUUGAAGCCCUUCGAAGAACAGCAACUCUAUUCUGCUGUGGCACGUUUCUUUGAGUUUGAUGUGGUUGAUGGAGUGUCAUAAGAGAUGAUGCUUUGUGAUUGCUAAGUUAUUCUUCUUGCACUUAUCUAGUGAUUGCCAAGGUGUUGAGGAGUGACAGCAAAUAGUGGCCAACAUGAGAAAGCAGGAAGAAGCUUCAAAUUUGUGGGCUUCCUGGUUUGGUUUACUGAUUGUAACUUGUAUCCAGGGGCACUCAGGUACCAGCACAUUAUAGCAGAUUCAUGUCAAACAUAAGGUACCACUCAAACUAGAGGUAAAGCUUGAUCUCUUCCCACUGAUGUUGUAUUCUUAUUGUAAAAAUAUGAAGCAAUUAUAUUCUAUUUGUUCACACUGUUUUGGCUGUGAAUUUGAGAUCAGCAUCGGAUAUUUAGCAUUUUUGGUCUACUGAGAGUUCUAGAUAGCAGGCUGUAGUUAUGUCCAAAGGAAUGAAUUUGCAUUGUAUACUACUAGGACUACCAUGACUUUUGUGAUAUAUUAUACGAUCAAUGUUAAUUUAAUGGAGGCUUUUGUUGAACUUGGAUCAUUUUCUUAUCAUCUCUUCUUCUUGCAAUCUUAGUCAUUUGGUAACAGAUUAACAUAUGCUGUAUUUGUAUCUGUUUAUCCGCAUUGUUCUUUUGCAUGUGUAAGCUUAUUCGUUCACUUCUGAUCUCCAAUGAACAUCAUGUACGCCGAUGGCAGAGUGGGGCAGUACUUUUAGUCUCCAAUGAACAUCAUGUAUGCCGACAGCAGAGUGGGGCAGUACUUUUAGUCGCAAAAGUUAACAAGGCAGUCCAGAUCGACUUGAUAUCACAUUAUCCAUGAGACUGUAACCAUGGAUUAAAUUCAUAUCUUAUCAACAUUUUGCAUACAAAUGACAUCUUGGUCUGAGGAGUAUAUUGGAAAUGAUGGCUGUAAUAUCUGAGGAUGCAAUUACACUGUUGAAGAGCUGGUCAAAAGAUUAUUGCUGUUUUAACAAGUUGUUGUUACCUGCUAUAACAUUCAAUUAAUUAUUUAUUGAAAUUUCUUUG